AAUUAUUAAAUAAUUGAAAGAAAGAAUAAGAAUGUACUCAUUUAAUGUUCCUCAAAUAGUGCAACCAAUAUGUAAGUUUAUUUUUUUAUAUUAUACGUUAUAUAGAUUUCCAAGUAUAUUUUUAUAAUACUUAUUUUUAUAGCCUUAAUAUACAUUUACACCUUCACUUAUUGAUAUGUAUUAUUACAAACACAAUUAUUUAUUUAUUUAUAUAGGCCCUAGCAAAUACCAACCAUCAGCACAUUUCCACCUCCACAUCAUGAUGUUGAUUGGUUUUACCUAGAUGAAGAUGGGAAAUGGAAAAUUUUUGAUUGGAGAAGAUGCAAUCUCUUAGAAAAUAUGCUUCAUUAUUGUAAUCAAGGAGAGUUCCAGAUUAUAUUUAAAGACAUGCAGUUUAUAGUGGAUUAUGAUCAUAUGGUCAUACAUCAUUAAAUUAGUUAUUAUAAAAUUAGGAGAGAAUCAUCAAUUGUGUCUAGACAAAUCAAAAUAUAAUAAGGGAAAUGGUCUUAUUAUAAUGGAUAAACAUGGAUUCAAUAUGAAAAAGUAAUAUAAAAUUAAUUGGAAGAUUUGAU